UUCUUUCCUUGGGCUAAGUCAGAGAUUUGGUACUCUAGAGGGAGCCCUGUAUUUUGAAGAAAACCCUACAAAUUCAACCCAUUUGGCUUGCUUGGGUAGAGUUUUUCCACACAAGGUGAAGCCCUACUCUGAUUUCUCUAUUUGUUAUGAGAGAUGGCCCCAGGUGCUCAGCACAAGGUGGCGCCAAUGAGCUGUAGAAAUUUGGCUUCACUUUGCCCCGCAACCCCCACCCCCUCAAACCUCAUCUCCUGUGUUUCUGGCUUCACUGAGCAGGGCAGAAAAUCCAUUCUGUUAUUGCUGGAGAAGGGAAGGAUUAAUGAAGGGUGUCGGGUUCUUCCUAAGUCAGCACUGGAAGCCCUCCUAAAACGAAUGGAGUUUGCGGAGUGCCCCCGGGGUCUCGGCUUCCUGCCGCUUCCUCUCUUCAAGCCCUGUGUGACUGUCCAGAAGGCCUUUAGAUUGCCAUCCCUUCCCCAUCCCAAGGAGUUUACAAACCUAAGCUGCUGGUGGUUAAGGCUUCUGGCGACUGUGCAAAGGGGCCAUCUGUGUUUGAUCAAUCCAGGCGGGAAGGAGGGGGUGGGGGUUGUAAAGAGACUGAAAGCAUUCCAGAGUAGUGAGAGACACCCAGAGAUCAGAAAGAGGAGGCGCCGCCCCCACCCCGCCUCCAAAGCUAACGGGCUGGAGGGAAAGAGGCCGCCGAAUGCACACUCCUCCUCUGGCCCUACUUAAGGCUGCCAUGGGGCCCAGUGCUCCUCUGCUCUUCUUCUUCUUCUUGUCAUGGACGGGACCCCUUCAGGGACAGCAGCACCACCUUGUGGAGUACAUGGAACGCCGACUAGCUGCCUUAGAGGAACGGCUGGCCCAGUGCCAGGACCAGAGUAGCCGGCAUGCCGCUGAGCUGCGGGACUUCAAGAACAAGAUGCUGCCUCUACUGGAGGUGGCAGAGAAGGAGCGGGAGGCCCUCAGAACCGAGGCGGACACCAUCUCAGGAAGAGUGGACCGUCUGGAACGGGAAGUGGACUAUCUGGAGACCCAGAACCCAGCUUUGCCCUGUGUGGAGCUGGGUGAGAAGACGACUGGAGGCCCUGGGACCAGCGGCAAGGGCCGAAGAAAUGAGAAGUAUGAGAUGGUGACAGACUGUGGCUACACAAUCUCUCAGGUGAGGUCAAUGAAGAUCCUGAAGCGGUUUGGCGGCCCCUCUGGUCUGUGGACCAAGGACCCACUGGGGCCAGCAGAGAAGAUCUACGUGUUAGACGGCACACAGAACGACACAGCUUUCGUCUUCCCAAGGCUGCGCGACUUCACCCUGGCCAUGGCGGCCCGGAAAGCUUCCCGAGUUCGGGUGCCCUUCCCCUGGGUAGGCACAGGGCAGCUGGUAUAUGGUGGCUUCCUGUAUUAUGCUCGAAGGCCUCCUGGAGGGCCUGGAGGGGGUGGUGAACUGGAGAAUACUCUUCAGCUGAUCAAAUUUCACCUGGCAAACAGAACCGUGGUGGACAGCUCAGUGUUCCCGGCAGAGAAGCUGAUACCCCCCUACGGGCUGACAGCAGACACGUAUAUUGACCUGGCAGCUGAUGAGGAGGGCCUUUGGGCUGUCUAUGCCACUCGGGACGAUGACAGGCAUUUGUGUCUAGCCAAGUUAGAUCCGCAAACACUUGACACAGAGCAGCAGUGGGACACGCCAUGUCCCAGAGAGAAUGCAGAGGCUGCCUUUGUCAUCUGUGGAACCCUGUACGUUGUCUACAACACCCGCCCUGCCAGUCGGGCCCGUAUUCAGUGUUCCUUUGAUGCCAGUGGUACGCUGACCCCUGAACGGGCAGCACUCUCUUAUUUUCCACGGCGAUAUGGUGCCCAUGCCAGCCUUCGCUAUAACCCCCGUGAGCGCCAGCUGUAUGCCUGGGAUGAUGGCUACCAGAUUGUCUACAAGCUGGAGAUGAAGAAGAAGGAGGAGGAAAUGUAAGCAGCUGGUGCUUCUGAUUCUCCUAUCUCCACACAUUUAUAUUCUUGUUAGAUCUGUUGUUCAUUCUUCAAAUGAAGGCCAGUGGUGGCUCAUAUCCCCUCAUUUUUAAACAACAACAACAACCAAAUUCUCAUAGCCCCUUUGUUUUAUGCAGAACUCCAGAUCUUGAGUAACCUUUUAGAACUAAAACAGCAGACACCCUAAAUCUUCACCCUGCUCUCUCUCCUGCUCUGUGCCCACAAAUUUUAGUCCCAAACCCAGAGCCCUGACCUUUGGAUAGGGUCAACCCCAGACAGCAGUAUGACCCAAGGGAGAGAAGAACUCACAGAGACAACUCUGUCCUCCUUCAUUCGCCCCUCCAACGUGGGGAAGAGUGGGGCUUUCCCCACAUCACUUUGUAUGGCAACAUUUUGCAUUAAAAGGAAAACCCGCCA